CCUUUCUCGAUUGCAACCUAGACACAAGCUGCACUUUUGAAAACCGAUUGUCACUACCGAGGUCUCAUUUGGUGUCGUUAGUCUCGCGUACCGAGUUUUCGUGAUCAUGCCUCCGGAAAAUGUCGAGCUAGACGGACUCAGCGAAUCAUCCUCGUUGUCCGACCCUUUGGACCCAACAAACGAUGAGGGAUGGGAAGACGUCGAACAAGACGAAGAGUCGAUCACCGUCGUCUCGCUUUUUGACGAGAAGACCUUUCCCGACGCUACGGGCAUGCUGACUUACUGCCGAGACAGCUAUGGUUUUGAUAUCUGGAAGCUAAGGCAAGACUUUGGUCUUGAUUUUCUCGACCUCGUCAAAUUAGUAAAUUAUGUCCGGUCAGAGGUCAAAGCGGGCAACACCCAUCCUGACGUAUCCACGAAAUCAGUUUUCGAGGACGACAAAUUCCUCAAGCCUGUCCUAGAGGACGACGCUCUGCUGUACAGUAUGGACGACGUCUUCGGAGAUGAUGCCGGCGCAGGACCGGCCAGCGAAGUCGAGCAACUCCGCGAACAGCUCGCCACGUUGCAGUCCCAGUUCGAGGCAUAUAGGGAGCAAGUACAGAACGCCAUGCUGGAGCGGCUUGAAGGGCAGGACGCACUACCCGGUCCAAGCACUGCUCGGGCGAAGGCGCCGGCCCAGGCUAGCACUAUCGUGGACGAACUCGAUAAAGACUACUUCAAAUCUUACUCAUACAACUCGAUCCACGAGUCCAUGAUCAAAGACCGCAUCCGGACCGACGCGUAUCGGGACUUCAUCUACGACAACAAGUCGCUGUUCAAAGACAAGGUUGUCCUGGACGUUGGCUGCGGCACGGGCAUACUGUCCAUGUUCUGCGCGAAAGCGGGCGCCCGACUCGUCAUUGCAGUCGACAAUUCGGACAUCAUCGACAAGGCCCGCGAGAAUGUGUACCAUAACAACCUGCAAGACACGGUCAAAUGUCUACGGGGCAAGAUCGAGGAGGUCACGGUCCCUGUGGAUCAAGUCGACAUCAUCGUGAGCGAGUGGAUGGGAUAUUGCCUCCUGUACGAAUCGAUGCUGGACUCGGUCCUGUAUGCGCGCGACAAGUAUCUGGCGCCAGAUGGACUGAUGGUGCCGUCGCACGCGACGCUACGAAUCGCCCCGCUUGCAGACUCGGAGUUGAAAGCGGCGCACAUCGAUUUCUGGCGCGACGUCUACGGCUUUGACAUGACCGCCAUGCUGGAGCGGGCGCACGAGGAAGUCAUUGCUCGCAUUGCGGACAAGGACGAACUUGCGGCGGAGAGCGUUUCGUUUCUGGAGCUGGAUCUGCAUAAGACCAAGGUCGGCGAUUUGACGUUCAGCAAACCAUUCACCAUGAAGUGGAAGGACGGGGCUAGAUUGCUGGAAGGAUUUGUCGUCUGGUUCGACAUCAUUUUCGCCACGGACAAGGCGCAGAGUACUAGUACUAUCGGAGCAGGCAUGACUGCGGCCGAGGCAAAGGACAAAGGGCUCGUCGCAUUCUCGACCGGUCCGUAUUCCGAAGCGACGCAUUGGCAGCAGGGCAUUUUCUUGAUCAAAGACCCCGGGCGAGCCGACGAAUUUGCGCCGGGAGACGAGAUCAGUGGCCAGAUCACAUAUGUGAAGAGAGAAGGACAGGAGAGGGCAUUGGAGAUUGAGAUCUCAUGGGGCAAAUCUGAGCAAAGCCAGACCAGGAAGCAGAUGUGGGUGCUUGAGUGAAAACCGGUCAUCAAACCGGUCUUGGAGAUAAAAAUGUGUACUGUUAGCAGGUAGAUGAACUCCCUCCAGAGCAGCUUGCGUGGCCUACCUAUGAAUACCGGGCC